AUGCUCGAGGCCCGAUGCCCCCUGCCGCUGCUCCUCGCCCCUGCUUUCCCGCCGUUGCCAUCUGGCUCGAAGCGAAACUGCCGGCGCCUCGCGCUGCUUUGCUACCCGAACAGCACGCCCCGCACCGAGCAGCCGCUACCGAGCUUGGAGACCAUGCCGCCCAAGUUCCGACAGGUUGACGUGCUCGCCGCGCUCCGCCGCGGGGAGGCUGAGGAAGCCAUUCGCGCCGACCUCCAGGCCCGCGGAUGCCCGCCGCCGCGCAUCUCCCAGCUGUGCAAGGGCGCGCGCGACAUCAUGAAGGCGGAUGUUGAUGCUGAGUACGUGGAAGCGGAUCACGUGGCGCCGGCCGUGCGGAAGCGGCCAGCCAGCGCCGCGCCGAUGGCGGCGGCGGCGGUGCGGCGCCGCCUGAGCGGGAAGCAGCCCGGCGAGGCUGUCGCGCCGCCCCCGCCGCCGCCCCCGCACCCGCAGAAACGCCCGGCGUCUCAGCCUGGCGCCAGGGCGCCCAAGCACCCGAGGAUCGAGAACGACGCGGAGGUCGACGACGCCGUGGCGGCGGGCCCAGUGGUGAAGAAGCCGGCAGGGCAACGCGGCUCGUCUGACUUCUGCAUCGGCUGGAAGCAGCCGCAGGAAGGCUCCGACGAGGUCAUCCAGCAGGACUGCGCGUUCUCCACCUCCACUCCUGGCGCCAAGGUACGGCGGGGACGCGGCGGAAAGAAACACUGCUUCUGCUGCGACGUCGAUGCCCUGCCAGAGAAGGUGAAGAACGUCAAGGGCAGGGAGAGCGCCAUGCGCUACCUGAGGGCGCUCCACCAGUUCGAGGGCAAGACCCCGCACGACCUCUUCAAGACGAGGGUGGAGAAGGCCGGGUUCGAGAUCCCCGAGGACCGCGUGAGGCAGCCGAAGCGCGGCCGCACGCCCGCCGAGAAGAAAGUGGCGGACUGGGCCGAUGCCAGGGCGAAGCGGCAGACCACCCAGGAGCCGCCCGACCGCAAGCAGAAGCGAAAGUUCCGCCAGGAGGUGCUCGAGGACCAGCGGUACGCUAAGAACCUGGUCUUCCCUGGGUCGGAGAGGCGCGAGCGCGCCUCUGGGGCGGAGCUGGAUGCGCACCUGGACAACGGGACUGGCCUCCCGCCUGCGGAGUACUCCGACUACUCCAAGGCCUUGGAGGCCUGGUGCCUCCGCGGCUCCUGGGGCAUGUGCCCGAAGUGCCAAGCGAUGCAGCCGCGCGAGUUCUACGAGGCGGACCUCAGGCGCGAGCGCAAGCCCGAGCUGGCCAAGUCGCAGUGCAAGCUCUGCAACGCGAAGCGCAAGCACUACGUCCCAAAGCCCGAGGACGUCCCGAAGCCGCUGCAGGACCUCACGCCCGAGAUCAUCAGUGCGCUGAGCCUGCUGGACGUGGACGUCGGCGCGGUGGUCCGCUCCCACGACGCCAAGGGGAAACCCAACGGCUACCGCAAGAAAGCGAAGAUGAUCCGCUUCUCCUGGUCGGAGCACGCCCCGAAGAAGAAGUUCAGGAACGUCCCGCACGCGGACCGCGAGAAGGCGAAGGCCGCCUACGAUUACCUGAUGGACAGCAAGGAGAGCUGCUACAAGGACUUCAAGAUGCUGCGCGGGAAGUUCUUCGACGGCAAGAGUCGCAAACCCGACGAGCGCCAGCGGAGGCGCCCGAUCAACUUCAUCGAGCAGGUCGGUCUCGAGUGCGCCAUCUGGCCCCACCUGUAUUGGACGAAGAAGAUGUGCGAGUCGUACGAGCGCUACACGGACGAGCGCCGCGAGGAGCGGCGCGCCCGCAAGAAGGGCGGCCGCGGCGCUGCGGCAGAGGACGAGGAUGACUCGAACAUCGAGAGCAACGACGAUGACGCGCAGUCCGCGAGCGCAGGCCGCGACCCGCACGACAGGCAGGACAGCGAUCAUGACAGUGAGCACGGCGACGGCGAGUCCUCCGACUCUGGCAGCGAGGCAGCUGACGGCGACAGCGACCAAGAGGCAGAGGAUGAUGCAGGCGAGGCAGAAGGCUCUGGGCGUCACAGCAUCAAGAAGAGCUUCAUGGCAAAGGUCCUGUCCCCGCUCAUCGGCUACGGGACCUCGUUCGAGCUGCUCCAAUACGUCUAUGAUCUGAACCUGCGGAGCACGCCGGGCAGUCGCAAGAACCUCGGCCUCGGCCCGCUAUACUGGAAGGAGGUGCACAACGGGCUCAUCGACCUGGUGCGCCAAGUGGGCAUGCCCAAGAUGUUCUGGACGAUGUCCCCCUACGAGUACCUCGCGCCCUACCACGAGUGGGUCCAGGACGAGAUGUCCAAGAGUCUGAGCAAGCGGAUGCACCUCCCCGCGGCGGAGAGCCUCCACGUGACGCGCGCAUUAUUGCAGAUCACGCACGGGCUCCUCACGGGCGUCAACCGCACAGGGCGAGCGAAGCAGCUGGGCGGAGGCGCGUGGAAGAAGCACAUCCUCAGCAGCAAGGCGGAGGGUGGCAAGCCCAUCAAGCUCAUCGUCUUCACGCGCAUCGAACUCCAGGAUGGGAGCCGCAAAGAGGGCACGUUCCGCUACCAGGGGAGCGGGCGACCGCACGCGCACAUCCUGAUAUUCGCUGACGAGCUCGAACCCGCGAGGCUGGAGCAGUUCGUCAAGGCGAGCAUGCCCGUGGCAGAGGACCUGGCGCUGAAGGGCAAAGUCAAGUGCUCGCAGAAGGACCGCGACGAGGACUGCAAGUGGCCCAUCUACGACGGCCCCGAGGGCUGGAACGAGGACGACGGCACGCUCAAGCUGAAGCACUCCGCGGAGGACAGGGACGAGGGCGUCCACCGCGCCUUCUUCGUGGACGUCAUGGACGGCUUCCCUUGCCACCAAGACCUCCAGGUCUCAGACGGAGAGUCCAUGCUGCUUCAGUACGUGGCGAAGUACGCUGCCAAAUUCUCCGACUCCUCCUUCGACGAGUGGUUCAACGACGAGGGAUCUGCGACCUCGGUGGCGCGCCGCAUGGUCAACGAGUACCACCCCUACGAGCCCGAGAUGUGGCUCCAGCUCAACGGUCAGAACUUCAAGCAGUGGCACUUCUCCACCGUGAGCAGGGGCAAACGCGACAUCCAGGCGCCCUGGCCGGGCAUGGAGACGCCGCCCGCAUACGUGGACCAGUACUGCGCGGCCAGCCGCACCUGGCGCCGUGCCGACAUGCCCCUGCUGGAGUUCCUGCGGAAGGCUGGAGACGAUGAAGGGCGGCAAGCUGCCAUUCCAAAGUUCCGCGCCGGCGCCACGAAGAAGGAGUUCAAGGCCUUUGCUGGGAGAGAGGAGCAAGGCGCCGACGACUUCCGCGCGUUCGCCAAGUGGCACGUCGAGGAGAAGCUCAACGCGGAGAUGAGCGCGCAGGUGCAGAUCGACCCGCUCGAGGUGGGCUCGCUCGCAGACUUUGCCAACGACUACCCGAUGAACGGCGAGAAGAUCGUCGCUGCCGACCACGUCUACCGCCUGAACGACAAGUUCUUCGGCCAGUGGCUGGCGCUGCACGUGCCUGUCUCGAACAGCAUGGACGAGCUCCUGGACGCGGACGUCGAUCGCCUGGUGCCCAAGAAGUACCGCUGGUUCGCCGCGGCGCUGCGGCGCUGCGACGACCACGACCGCGCGCCCGUCCAGCUCCGCGACUUCUGGAGGCUGCCCCACAGGAUCAGGAGCGAGAUGAAGCAGGAGGCCAGCACCGACGACCACAUCGAGGACGUCCAGGAGAUGGUCCACGGGCAGAUUGAACUGGUGGACGAUACCUGCCGGUUCAACGCCCAGCAGAAGAAGGUGGAGAAGGCGGUCAACAAGGCCGUUGACCGCGCCGCCAUCUAUAACCACAGCGACAGCGCCUCCGCGGUCGAGAGGGCGGGCGACGAUGCUUGGCAGAACAACACGCCGACCAUCGUCCUUGGCAAGCCAGGCACGGGCAAGACCACCGUCGUGAAGGAGUGCACCCGCCGCGCCUGCGAGAAGGGCGCCCAGGUCCUCUUCGCCCUGCCCAAGGCGCAGCUUGCGAGCCGCAUGAAGGUGUCCCUCCGCGGCAUCCAGAACGUCUGCGUGGACACCUGCCACGCGGCCUUCAAGUUCGGCCAGCCCGAGUCCGAGGCGCUGCACCUGAUGAGCUCCUACGACAUGGCCGUGGUCGACGAGGUCUCGCUUCUCGACAUGCCCCACUCCGAGAAGCUGAUGAAGAUGUGGGCCGCGGCGCAGAAGCUCCCAGCCUUUGUCAUCCUGGGCGACAAGUACCAGCUGCCCGCCAUUGACGCGGUCAAGAACGGUCGCCCGUGGGAGAACGCCGCCUGGAAAAAGUGCAGAGUGAUCACCCUGCACCAGGCCUGGCGCUGCAAGGACCCCGAGUUCCUCAAGGUCCUCGACAAGCUCCGCGUGGACAAGCCCAGCAAGAAAAUGCUCAGGACCAUGCGCCGCGGCCGCAAAGCCUGGAACUGGGAGCACCCCGACGCGGACGACAUCAAGCGCCACCUCGACGAGCAUCCAGAGACCGUCAUCGUCACGUGCACGCGCCACAAAGCGGAGGAGAUCAACAAUCUCGCCGUGGAGGGCCUCUUCGCGGGGCGCAGGCCCAUCGCGGUGAUCGACGGGGACAUCGACAUCAACCCCGAUAACUGCACCAAGGACGGCUUCCGCGACGACCGCAGGCCCAUUCCUGCCAAGGUGCCGAUCUACAGAGGUGCUCGUCUCUACCUCGCACAGAGCGUGCGCAAGGAGGACGACUACGUCAACGGCAUGGCCUGCGCGGUCGAGAGGUUCACGCCGAACGGCGACGGCGGCGCGCUCCUCGUCCGCACCAAGACGAAUCAGCUCCUGCCCAUCACCAAGUGGACCAACAAGAAGAUCGAUGGCCGCAACGUGCGCCACUUCCCCGUCAGGCUCGGCUACGCGAGCACCAUCCACAAGGUGCAGGGCGAUGAGUUCAAGCACAUCACCGUCGUGCUCGAUAAGCAGUUCUGCCCGUCGGCGGGAUACACGGCGUUGUCGCGCGUGGAGCGCGCUGCCGACUACAAGCUCGCGGGCGCGUUGACGCCCGAGCACUUCGUGCCCGCCACCUGGAUGGAUCCCUCCUGA